AUGGAAGUCGAAACAUCGCGAGCCUCCAAUUCGACCGCACACCAUCGGGACCCCCUCAAGGCGGAAGCCCGCGACUCCAAGCUCCAACUUGCAGAAGCCCAAAAGCAAUACGGUCGAGGAAAGAAAGUCAAUAUCAAGAGCAUAAAAGACAAGAAGUUACGGAGUCAGCUGAAGGGGCUCGAGAAUAAGUAUAAAGACGCAACCCUCAAAGCGAAAGAUGCAGAGAUAUUAUUAGAGCACGAAGGCGGCUUCCUGGAGCCAGAGGGAGAGCUCGAACGGACAUAUAAAGUCCGACAGGAUGAAAUUAGAGAAAAUGUGGGAAUUGAGACCGCAAAAAAGGGGUUUGACCUCAAGUUGGAGGAGCUUGGACCGUACCGGGCGGACUAUACAAGGAACGGGAAGAUGCUCCUAGUGGCAGGCCGAAAAGGACAUGUCGCGACAAUGAAUUGGCGAGAUGGAAAACUGGGAUGCGAAAUGCAACUUGGAGAAACGGUCAGAGACGCAAAAUGGCUCCAUAAUGAGCUAUUUUUUGCGGUUGCUCAGAAACGAUACGUCUAUAUCUACGAUCAUAAUGGAGUUGAAUUGCAUUGCCUAGAUAAGCACGUUGAAGCGACACAUCUGGAGUUUUUGCCAUACCACUUUCUCCUAGCAAGUGCCGCUACGAGCGGUUAUCUUAAAUACACAGAUACAUCUACGGGUCAGCUGGUCGCUGAGCUCCCAACUCGACAAGGCUCGCCUACUUCGCUCUGUCAGAAUCCCUACAACGCAAUUCUUCACGUCGGACAUCAGAACGGAACCGUAACUCUUUGGUCACCGAACACCACUACACCAUUGGUAAAAGCCCUUACCCACCGAGGUCCUGUGCGAUCACUCGCAGUCGAUCGCCAGGGCCGAUACAUGGUCUCCACAGGUCAAGACAUGAGAAUGGCAAUCUGGGACAUUCGAAUGUUCAAGGAAGUACAUAACUAUUCUGUCCUCCAGCCAGGGUCAACGGUGUCAAUCAGCGACCGCGGUUUAACGGCUGUCGGUUGGGGAACAAAGGUCAGCGUUUGGAAGGGCUUAUUUGACGCUGCCGCUGCGAGUGAACAAAAAGUCCAAAGCCCGUACAUGGCCUGGGGCGGUGACGGACAGCGAAUUGAAAAUGUACGGUGGUGUCCCUACGAGGAUAUUCUCGGAGUAGCGCACGACAAAGGGUUCUCCAGCCUUAUUGUUCCAGGCGCUGGUGAACCCAAUUUCGAUGCCUCAGAAGCAAAUCCAUACGAAAAUGUAAAACAAAGACAAGAAACUGAAGUGAAAGCCCUUCUCAACAAACUUCAGCCAGAAAUGAUCUCUAUCAACCCGGAUUUUGUGGGCGCACUCGAUCUAGUGAGCGAUAAGAUCAAGCGAGAGGAAAGAGAUUUGGAUAAAAAGAAUGAAGAUCCUAUUGAGAAGCUGAAAAAUCGCGGUCGUGGGCGCAACAGCGCACUGCGAAGGUAUCUUCGGAAGAGAGGGUCGAAAAACGUAAUCGACGAGAAGAGAGUGAAGGCGGAGACUCUAAGGAAAGAACAGAACUCGAGGGUUAAGGAGAGAAUGCGGCGGCAGAGAGAAGAGCUGGGCCCUGCAUUAGCAAGAUUCGUCAAGAAAUAA